AUGUUCACUCACAAGCGUGUGCCACAGCAUGAAGAGUAUGAAUUGGUAAAUCAAGUACCACCAACACAAUCACCCACCGAUUCACCGACAAGACUGGAGUCUGAUUUUCGCAAUUCUACAGACUCUCAAUUAUCUGACAUUUUUGAAGACUUGGAAAACUAUUCUGGUCUGAGUGGUCAAAAAAUUGAAGAUUUCAAUGACAGUCCGUUGUUUCAAUCUGUUUUGAUGCGAUAUAAAAACGAAGGCAUCAGCGGUAGAACAUGUGGCAUAUUCAGCUUAGUGGCGAUAUUUUUAUGGAUUGGAAGCGUUAUAAUAUAUUCUCGAGUGAAUCAUUCAACAAUUGGUAACGAUUUAACCUGGAAAACCAACAUUAUUCAACUAAAUGGGGAAAAUAUCACACUCAAUGAAUACAACCCCAAUUUCAAAAACAUCACUAUGAAUGAUUGGAGAAAAGGCAAAUAUCACACUUUUGAAAAACAAAUAAGGUGGUUGACUUCUAAACAGUCUCCUAAAAGCAAACAUGGUGGUGGAUUUUAUGUACUAGAUGAACAUGACAAGAUAGUUGUCAAUCAAAUUGGACAAGUGGACAAAAGUGAUACCUUUCUAUCAAACAAGCAAUUUGAGUACGGAAACAAUUUUUUUAAAAUCCAAGAUUUUAUUUUGAACCCACUGCAAUCAAUUGAAGAUUCGGAAGUUGUACAUAUUAUCAUAACAGACACGGUACACCAAUGGCGACAUCUGAGUUUCGCAUUAUAUUGGUUAUUUAAACCUUUGGUUGGGACAUACACACCCAUUCAGCCACCACGAAAUAAUAACAAGGGAAAUGGUUUGGAAGUUGAUGCAUUGGACAAGUUACAUUACGCUGACUUUUCCUCUGAUGGAAAAUACAUCGUGUUUGGUUUCGAACAUAAUCUAUUUAUUCAGGAUUUGGCUACUGGCGAAAUACAGCAAAUAACAGACGAUGGGUCACCAAAUAUAAUCAACGGAAAGUCUGAUUGGAUAUAUGAAGAAGAAGUCAUUGCUAGCAAUAAAAUGAUUUGGUGGUCUCCAAGCGGGAAUCAUUUUAUUUUUGCAAAAAUCAAUGAGACAAAGGUUCAAGAGGUUGACAUGGAUUAUUAUACAAAGCAAAAUACCAAUAUAGGGAUGCAAUAUCAGCAAGUAGGUGAAUCAAAAUAUGAGGGUGUUAAUCAAUAUCCCAUAAAUACACAAUUGAAAUACCCUAAACCGGGAACAAGUAAUCCAAUACUAUCAUUGUAUAUUUAUGACAUCGCCAACAAGAAAACAGAGGAGAUAAUUGAUGGAGAUGAUAAUUUGGGAACCGAAUAUAUUUUGUAUUAUGCCAAAUGGAUCGAUGCCAACAGCUUUUUGAUGAAACAAUCAGACAGAACCAGCUCAGUUCUCACUAAAAAGUUGUAUGACUUAGACAAGAAUCAUGUGAGUAUUGUGAGUUCAAGCAAUGUCACAAAGGAAUAUAAGGGAUGGGUUGAAAGGAUGAAUCCCAUUACUUUACUUGAUGAUGGCAAGUACAUUGACAAUGUUGUGAUUGAUAACAGAAACACUUUAGCGUUAUUCGAUUCCCCACAUCUGGUGUCACCAUCAAAAGUUUUGGUUGAUAACAAGGAUUGGGAUAUAACUGGUGAAGCCAUCUAUGAUGCUCAAGAGAAGUUCGUUUAUUUUUUAAGUACGGUAAGAAGCUCUAUGGAUGCUCAUUUGGUUGGAAUUGAUCUUGCAGAUAACUAUAAACUUUACAAUAUUACAGACACGAAGAAAGACGGGAUUUUUGAAACAAAGUUUUCCGAAAACGGGCAGUACUUGAGUUUGGUUUACCAGGGACCUAACCAGCCAUGGCAGAGGUUGAUAAAUAUGGCAAAUGUGCAUGAUUUCAUUAAAUCCGAAGAAUAUGGUAAAUCAACCAUCGAGGAAGCAGUCAUAUUGAACCAGCCAAUUGUUAAUAGUUUGGCAAAUUUAAAAGAAAUUAAUUUGCCAACAGUCAGAUACAAAGAGGUGACAAUAGGAAAAAAAGAAGACCAGGUAACUUUGAAUAUUAUGGAGAUAUUGCCACCUAAUUUUAAGGCAAAAAACCAAAAGUACCCUUUGUUUGUGUACACAUAUGGAGGGCCAGGUUCACAAACUGUUAUGAAGAAAUUUGAUAUUGGGUUUCUUCAAAUUGUUAGCGCUAGAUUGAACUCUAUUAUUUUGGUGAUUGAUCCUCGUGGAACUGGAGGCAAAGGUUGGAAAUUUGAAUCAUUUGCCAAAAAUAAUAUUGGAUAUUGGGAAUCAAGAGAUUUGAAAACAAUAACCUCUGAAUAUAUAAAGAAAAACAAAAAACUCAUUGAUAAAGAAAGAGUUGCUCUAUGGGGUUGGUCAUAUGGUGGAUUUGUCACUUUAAAGACUUUGGAAUAUGAUAAGGGUGAAGUUUUCAAAUACGGAAUGGCAGUUGCACCUGUGACAAAUUGGUUGUUUUACGAUUCUAUAUACACCGAGAGGUAUAUGGGUCUUCCAGAUACUGAUCCCAAUUAUGAGACUUCGGCAAGAAUUAAUGAUUUUGACAACUUCAAAUCUGUGAAAAGAUUCUUGCUAGUACAUGGCACUGGUGAUGACAAUGUACAUGUACAAAACCUAAUGUGGUUAUUAGAUCAAUUAAAUAUUCAUAAUGUUGAGAAUUACGACAUGCAUUUAUUUCCUGAUAGUGAUCAUAGUAUUCUGUAUGACAAUGCUGGUGUUAUUGUAUACGAUAAGCUAUACUACUGGCUACAAAAUGCAUUCAGAGGAAAUUUUGACGAAUUAAACUAG